AUGCGAGAAACUCUUCUAUUCAUGAAUAACUACCUAUUCAACUUUUCUUUGAACCCGAGCGACCAGACUAAUCCAGAGGCGACCCCCGUGGCUCAUAACGCAUAUGCGGCUGGUGACCGGAAUUCCACACCUCACGGUGUACUCCGGUCAUACCACAAAUACAGUAAACCUGUAGUGUCAGGUGGCCGGAUUGAUCCGAAGGCUCGUUAUUCCGGCCACCGGGUGGAGCGCACCGGAAG